UUUCUCCCCAAGCCAACACCCCUACAAAGCUCAGCCGAUGGACCAUCCCAACAUCGAUCUAUCUCCCCACGAGAUUCCCUCAGCCGUUGGCCUGGUUUUCCUGCCAAUUUUGCGCCGGCGACAUUUUUGCCUCCAGUCUUUGAGGCGAAAAGUCGUCGCCAUGGCGAUACUGAGUACUUGUUGCGGGUGCUGCAACGUUCGAACAGGCUCCAUGGUCACGGCUGUGGUGAUGCUGAUAGUAUGUGGGCUGGAUCUGGGAGUUAGAUUCAGCUACCCGAUGAAUGGAAUCGAAACCAAAUACACUGGGGUAUUCAUGGAUGGGAUUUUUGCACUCUUGUGCAUUUUUCUCAUCGUGGGCGUGGCGGUGAACAAUAGAUACCUGUGUCUGGCCUGGGUGAUUGGUGCCAUCAUCUACCUGGUGGGAGACAUGCUCCUGUGCAUCGUUAUAACCGUGACCAUGUUUGUAGCCAAAAACGCCAUGGAUGACUUCGUCACUGUCCCUCCAAACACCAUAGCUACACCUGACGCUGAGUUGUUCGACUUUGGCCUUAACAUGGCCAUUGUGAUCACCAUAGCGGUUGUCUGGGUGGUGUUCUUGGUGGUGGCUUGUAUUAACAUUUACUGCAUCCUGGUGGUAUAUUCCCACAUCCAAAACCUGCGAGAGAGAGACCAGGUGGACGAUCAGCCGGGCGGACCUCCUCCUGCAUACGAGCCUGUAGCUCAGGGCUACAGCCUUGAAGCUGUUAAGGUGGAGACCGAGCCUCGCGUGAACCGAAAAGACACCCCGGCAACAUCAUCAACGUUGAUCACCUCCGCCUGAAGACGUUCCUCUGUGCCAAGCUGAGACACUGAAUCUCCAUGUCACUCGCUCUACCAAGUUCAUUGGUGCCUAGCUGAUGUGAUACGCCGAAGGGCGGUUAUACCAGCUAUAGCGAUACAGUUACAGUUACAGAUAGCCCUCGGGCAAGAUGAUAUUUUGAAAAGUACAACGUUAACCACACCAUGCUAAUUAACCGGCAAGUACAGGGACAGGGAGGAUUUCAAAAACAAGAUCUUUUACAGUAAUAGAAGUUGAUACAUUUGUACGGAUUUGGUCCGAUGAGCUUUCUUGAAGACAAAGUGCCAUAAGAUUCAGGUGAACUACUACGUACUGAGUCGCUAUUCAUGUUGUGUUGUUGAUGCAAAUGUCAUGCGUUUGCUAUUGAUGUUAUCAAUGCAUACUACGUUCAUCUCCAAGUGAUGUAAUUUCACAAUUUGAUAAAGAAG